AUGAAUCACCACAAUACACCAGAGCUAGUCAUUUCCCCUUUCUGCCAGGUAUCCUUGACCUCCUCCAUUUCAUUUCCCGCCAAGCUGCACGUGUCUUCGCCCAACGGGCAGCAGAAAUGUGGAGGUGAGUAUCUCCUGGUUUCGGGUGAAUCGGCGAAUAGCCAGCCACUGUGGAAGCAGAUGGGCGGUAAGUUCUGGCUCUACUCAGGUACCAAUGGUUUGUGGAUCAUUGGUGGUGGUGGAGCCAAGCGAAAGAACUUUGAAUGCGCGCGUGGAGUGAUCUACUCGCCCCUUGGAGUGGUUGCAGCCGGGGGCAGCUUGUGGUGGUGA